GGCGUGCGUUUGCCUAUGUGACACAAUUACAACAACUUUGAGCCGAUGGUUGGGGAAGUUUGCGAUAUUACCAAGUAACACUCACUCCUAAAACCCAACAUUACAUCAACUUCAUGCACACACUGGCACUGGAAUACACGCUGUGUUUUGAUGUACAAUGAGGAGUGUGGAAGGUAACUUGAAGGGAUCAUUUCCUUGAGGAUUUGGCAAGAAUUACGCGACGCCCCGUUUUAGUCCUGGAUAGGUGUGCAACACUUUUCGCUGUUAUUGCAUUUUGACGGAGUUACUCGGUCCCGUCGAUUUGACCAUUUCUUUUCCAUGAAAUCGUGCGGAGUGUCGCUCACCGCCGCUGCAUCUGCUGCUGCCCGGAGCCUCGGCGUUGCUGCUGGUAAUGACGAGGAGAAAAUGGCGUCGGGAACAGCGACUGAUAUCGAAGAGGACUUUCCGAAGCUAACAGCGCAAGAAAAAGAGAGCUUGGUCGGAACUGACAGUUCACUGUUUGGAUUUCACAGGCUUCAAGAAGAUGGCGCCAGAACGAAGGCCUUGCUGUUAAAGGCUGUUCGCUGCUAUGAUGCCCUCAUCCUGAAAGCAGAGGGGAAAGUGGACCCUGACAUUUUCUGUCAGCUGGGCCACUUCAACCUCCUGCUGGAGGACUAUCCAAAAGCAUUAUCUGCAUACCAGAGGUACUUCAGUUUACAGUCGGACUACUGGAAGAAUGCUGCCUUUUUAUAUGGCCUUGGCAUGGUAUACUUCCAUUACAACGCAUUUCAGUGGGCAAUCAAGGCGUUCCAGGAGGUGCUUUACAUCGACCCCGGCUUCUCGAGAAGUAAAGAGAUUCACCUGAGACUGGGACUCAUGUUUAAAGCCAACACAGACUACGAGUCAAGCCUAAAGCAUUUUCAGCUGGCUUUGAUCGACUCCAAUCUCUGCACUUUGUCCAAAGCUGAAAUUCAGUUCCACAUUGCUCAUUUGUAUGAGAUCCAGAAGAAGCACAGAGCGGCGAAAGAAGCGUAUGAAAGUCUGUUGCAGACGGAGAAUCUCCCUGCACAGGUGAAGGCGGCCACACUGCAACAACUUGGUGAGUGUCCCUUUGCUCAUAUUGAUGUUUUACUAACCUUUUUGUCUCAUUUCUCAUGCCUUUUCUUUUUCUUUUCCUUUGUCCAUCUACUGCCCUCCAGGUGCUACUCCAGUAUUGGGAAGGUGCAGGAUGCCUUCAUCUCUUACCGUCAGUCCAUUGAUAAGUCGGAGGCCAGUGCUGACACCUGGUGCUCCAUAGGGGUGCUCUACCAGCAGCAGAACCAGCCUAUGGAUGCACUGCAGGCCUACAUCUGCGCUGUUCAACUGGACCACAGCCACGCAGCCGCCUGGAUGGACCUGGGCACCCUCUACGAAUCCUGCGGCCAGCCGCACGACGCUAUCAAGUGCUACAUCAACGCAACGCGCAGCAAGGCCUGCCUCAAUACUGCUGCACUCACGCAACGCAUUAAGCUGCUGCAGGCUCAGUUGUGUAACCUACAGCCAGAUAGUCUGCAGAAUAAGAGUAAAAUGCUUCCUAGUAUUGAGGAGGCGUGGAGCCUCCCCAUUCCUGCUGAGCUCACGUCCAGGCAGGGGGCCUUGAACACUGCACAGGCACAGCAGGCCUGUAAGGGGGAGGGAGGCCAGUCGGCCAGCAAUCACACAGACCCACAGGCCAGUCCUGCCAAGAGGAAACGCACUGCCAGCCCAGCUAAGGGUGUUGCAGACUCGUUGGCAAACAGCUCCAAUCAACAGCAGAUCCCCAGCUGGUACCUAACAUCCCAGAAGCUUCAGCAUCUGGAUCUCUUGCGGACCAACCGAGCAAACCUCAAGCCCCCCCAGGUGCAGAUGCUGGAGCAGCUGGAGAACCAGUUCUCCCUCAUGCAGCAACAUCAGCAGCAGCAGCAGCAGCAGAUGAGGCAGCAGGCCGCAGCGAGUGGCCAGCCGCGGCGCAGCCUUCCCAACGGUCCUUUGGCUGAGUCCUCUCACCACCACGCAGGCCUCUCCCGCGCCUCCCCCCUCAAUCACACAGCCAUCCGGCCCCCGUGUGUCCCCCAGCCCACAGCCAACGGAUCCUGUUCUUCAAGUCCUUCAGCCGGGCCGCUGGGACACCUGGACAAAAACCACACGCUGGGACUGGGAGGUGGCGGCGCGAGCAACGGAAACGUGCCUUACCCGCAGCAGAACUCUCUACCUCACAACUGCACAGCCGCCAGUCACCCAAGCACCAGCAGCACUACUAGUAGUCCCAGUCACGCAGACGAGACAUGGAGGAGCCAACAACGCAACACUACCACUCAGGGGCUUCAAAAAGGUCCAGGUUCCCAUUCGGCAGGUCCCAAUGGAGAACCCCCUUGCUCUUCCUCGUCCUCCUCCCCUCAGACCUCGUUCUCUUCCUCUGGCCUUCUGAAUCAGGUCGGACAUUCCUCUGGGCCCUGCACGGUCUCCUCCUCAGCCUCCUCUCUGUCCCCCACCUCCCCCCAGACCACGCCCAACCACUUGUCCUCGCCCCCCCACGCCGCUACUACCUCAGGGGUCCACACCAAAGACGCCACGCCUUCAGGGGGCAACACCGGCAGCAACGGCGCCGCCACUUUCCCAUCAGGUCCGGAGGCCGCCGUCAGGCAUUCCGCAGGGACGCCCCGAAGUCCCAGCACCGCCCCCGCGCAGGGACUGACUAAUCACGUCCAGCCGCGGGUGACGGACGGCUCUCCCGCCCCCGGCGUGCUCAGUUCGGACAAUCCUCAGCUCUCAGCCUUGCUAAAGGGAAAAGCCAAUACCACCAGUAACGACGACAACAAUAACUCCAGUAACCACGGAGGGCCUUCCUCGGAGAAAAUCAACAACGUCCACCCGGGUCUCCACGAUGCCGCCAAGCCAACGCCGGAGCAACCGGUGGCCUCCUCGCCGCGUUUAGCCGCUGCUACUCCCUCGCCGCGCUCGGCGCACCCUCACACCGCCAACAGCCUCUCCUGCCUUAACAGCCCGUCCACCACCAACAGCCAGGGGCCCACAGUCAAUGGGAAGGGGCCCGAGGACUCCCAGAGCCCACUGAAGGUGGAGCCUUCCGGAGGAGCUCAGAGACACGGCGUCCCCGCUGGUCUGGCGCCCUGGUCCUCCGUCUCCAUCUACCCCAGCUCCAGCGAGGUGCUCAAAGCAUGCAGGAACCUGGGGAAGAACGGACUGUCGACGAGCAGCAUCCUCCUGGACAAGUGUCCCCCGCCACGGCCCCCCCGCCCGCCCUCUCCUCCGCUGCCAAAGGACAAACUCAAUCCCCCAACACCCAGUAUUUAUCUAGAAAACAAGAGGGACGCCUUCUUCCCUCCCCUCCACCAGUUCUGCACCAACCCUUCCAACCCGGUCACCGUCAUCCGAGGGCUGGCUGGAGCGCUCAAACUAGAUCUGGGCCUGUUCUCCACGAAGACGUUGGUGGAGGCCAACCCGGACCAUCUGGUGGAGGUGCGGACCCAGCUGGCUCAGCCCACCGACGAGAACUGGGACCCCAGCGGCAACAGGAAGAUGUGGCGCUGCGAGAGCAGUCGCUCCCACACCACGGUCAUCAAAUACGCCCAGUACCAGGCCUCGUCCUUCCAGGAGUCUCUGCGGGAGGAGAAUGAGAAGAAGAAGGAGGUGGAAACAGAAGCAGGUUCCUCAGACAGUGCGAUGCGGCGAAGGAAAGGGUCUUUCAAACACCUAAAGUUUGGCACAAACAUCGACCUCUCUGAUGAAAAGAAGUGGAAACAGCAGCUUCAGGAGUUGUCCAAACUGCCGGCGUUUGCCCGCGUGGUGUCAGCCGGUAACCUGCUCAGCCACGUAGGACACACCAUCCUGGGCAUGAACACGGUCCAGCUCUACAUGAAGGUGCCAGGCAGCCGCACGCCAGGUCACCAAGAGAACAACAAUUUCUGUUCCGUCAACAUCAACAUCGGUCCCGGGGACUGCGAGUGGUUCGCCGUGCCGGAAACGUACUGGGGCGUCAUCAACGACUUCUGUGAAAUGAACAACAUCAACUUCCUGAUGGGCUCCUGGUGGCCCAACCUGGAGGACCUGUACGAGACCAACGUGCCCGUUUACCGGUUCAUCCAGCGUCCCGGGGACCUGGUGUGGCUCAACACAGGCACCAUCCACUGGGUGCAGGCCAUCGGCUGGUGCAACAACAUUGCGUGGAAUGUCGGGCCCCUCACAGCACAUCAGUACAAGCUGGCGGUGGAGCGCUACGAGUGGAACAAGCUGCAGAGUGUCAAAUCCAUCGUUCCCAUGAUCCACCUCUCCUGGAACAUGGCCAGGAACAUCAAAGUGUCGGACCACAGGCUCUUUGAGAUGAUCAAGUACUGUUUGUUACGGACUCUGAAGCAGUGUCAGAUGCAGCGGGAGCUGCUGCUGGCUGCUGGGAAAGACCUGGUGUGGCACGGGAGGACCCAGAGCGAGCCGGCACAUUACUGCAGCAUCUGUGAGGUGGAGGUGUUCGACCUGCUGUUUGUCACCACGGAGAGCAACAGCAGGAAGACGUACGUGGUGCACUGCCAGGACUGCGCCCGUCGGGGGAGCGCCAACCUGGACAACUUUGUGGUGCUGGAGCAGUACAAGAUCGAGGACCUCAUGCACGUUUACGACCAGUUCACACUCGCCAGUCCGCUGCCUUCCUCCUCUUGACGGUAACUCUGUUGUACCGAGGACAGUUAGAAAAAACCCACAACGGACUUAAAUCGGAGGGGAGUGGGGGUGGGGUGGUGUGGGGGAUAAACUCUCCGGAAACCUUUUUUGUUCUUUUCUGAUAUUCAGGAAGUAAGCCGGCAGUCCCUCAAAAAACGGCACUCUGUAGCUAUCCCAUAAGGCAGCUGCGUGAAAGCUGUGUGUCUAUGCAACCUGCCCCGGUGGACUGUAAGAGAGGGUGGGGGGGGGGGGGGGUUGGGGGCAGCUCCGCCUGUCAUCAUGACCAGACUGUUCUACUGCUGGCCCAGCUGGACUUCACUAGAAAAUAACACAAAAAUCCCACAUAAAAAAAAAAAUGAUGAUUUCAAGUUUUGUACAUAUUGUUUUAACUGGCAACACGGUCACACGACGACUACUGACUUGAUAGUUUUGUUCUUCUUUUUUAAUUUUUUUCCUCAAUUGUUUUUUUUUGGUAUUCUGUUUGUGAGAUAACACGAGCCCCCUCCUCCUCCCUCCCUCUCUCCUCCCUCCUCCUCCCCCUCCUCGAGACAAGUCUUUAGCAUAGCCGGUCUUUUUGUAUGUUAGAUAGACGCCUCCUUGGUCAGGAAAACCAGAUUUAAAAAAAAAAAAAAAAAAGUACAGUUUUGUAAUGUGAAAAGUUGAGUGACACAUUCUUUGCAACAUCUCCCCCACACCCACCCACCCUUUUUCCCAUCAGUUAAUUUAAUUUUGCUGGAACUAUGAUGAGUAUUUGAUGACUAUUUGUUGGCGAGGAAAAUAAUUUGUUGACAAACAGCCAAGAGAGUCGCAGAAGAAAAGGGUUGCACAUAGACAAAAGAGUGAAGUUUAAUUUGUGUUUUUUUUUUUUUAUUAUUUUGAUGUAAAUUUACACUAUUUAUAAAAUGCAUAUUUAUUGCUUGAAGAUAUUUGUUGAUGGAAUGCUGUAAUUUUUUUUUUUUUUUUUCCAGAGUACCUGCCAUUAAAUUUGAAGGAGCCUUGUGAUUUUGAAAGCACGGCCCCUCAUACGUUUUCUAUAUAAAUAAACUGCUCAGUAAGCAUUGUACAGAGA